CCGACAGGGGGAACACUGUAGGGCUCUAUCUGCUGAGUGCUUUGGCGGACCUAUCACAGGUCAGACGAUACGACUGGGGUGGUGCCGGCCUGGCUACCCUUUAUUGCUAUAUGAGCGCGACUUACCGCGGGCGGGGGGACUUACUCGGCGGCUAUUGGAGAGCCUGGGAGUUAUGGGUCUAUGUGUACUUCCCGACAUUGGCCCCGGAGAUGGUGGUAGCGGAGCCUCUCGUGACCCCAUACUCACUGGUAUUUGAAGGCCAGCACCGGCCAAGACCUCGGGAGUCUCUCCUUUAUCUACGGCAGUAUUUCGACGUGAUUACAUGGCAGCCAUGGGCGCCUUUAGGUGAGGGCCUCCGAUUCCAGUUUGCCGGAGGGUGGGGUGCCUCCCGGUACAGGAUCCUGUUCGAAGGGCUAGUUGGCAAGGCCUGGAUUUUGGGAGAGCGCUUCUUGCGUCAGGUCUGGGGGUACACCUCUCAGGACCCUCCUUCAGCACCCCCAGUUGACAUGCGGAUUGCUGAUAUGCUCAUUUCCCAAGAUGUUGUUAAUGCUAUGUUGGGUACUGACUCCUUGAUACACCUGGAGGAGGGGGAUUACGCUAUUUACCGCCACAUAUACCUGAUGCCUCCAUUGACGGGAGCUCGUACUCCAACGAUGAGGCCUGCUGGCAUGCCAUCUUCGAGCCAGGCCCGGGCUCGGGCCGCAGACGCCCCUUCUACCAGCAGGGCUGGUAUAUCUAGAGGUGGGGGUGGAUUGGUUCCCCCGAUUCCUUCGACUUAUCCUCAUCCUGGAUGGCCAGACAUGCCGAUCAAGUUGACAGGAUGGCGGUACGGGGCCUCCUACACGAUUCCGAUGGAGCCUCCCAUGCCUGACCAUCGAUACGUCAUUGACCCCGACUCACCGCCGCCACCCAAAGAGUACAUGGAGUGGGUGAUCGGAUUGGUGGCCUCACUUAAGGGCAUGGUCUUGCGGAGAGAGGCGCAGCUGUCCGUCAUGGGCUUCCAGAUGGCUCCAGUAUACGCUCAGCCGCAGGCCAGGCCACCUGGGCCUUCUCGGGGAGCUGGGCCAUCCAGGCCUUUUCGAGGAGCUGGGCCAUCCAGGCCUUUUCGAGAAGCUGAAGGGGGACCGUCUCGUAGGCGCAGGGCACACAUUAUAGAGGAGGAGCCCGAUGAGGAUGAGGAGGAGGAGGCUGCAGAUCGUCAGUCAGAGACAUCAGCCGACAGAGAGGACGGCUCUGGUCUCGGUUCCAGGAGUGGAGGCAAGGCUGAGGGGGAUCCCGAGGGUGACGACUCUGAUUCAGAUGAUGACGAUGGCGAUGGUGGCGGAGAGUCUAUUCCACAGAAGAGGACGAGGAGGGCCUCUUAUUCCUGCUCCUGAGAGCACAGAUGCAGCUGUUUCCUGUUUUAUUUAUCUUUUUGCUAGUAGUUGUAGCA